AGGGGCAAUGGGCUGGUUCCUGCAGAGCCUCCUGGGAAGGGGCCCGGGAGAUGGAGAGACAGAUUCUUGAGAAGUUCAUCUUCAUAGUGUAGUUACUACUAUAUUGAAGAAAGAAGCACAAAGACCUACAUCCAUCUCUCCUUUCCUAUUGCCCAAGAAGCCCCCAAGCCUCCUCACUGUUGCUCAUGCCCAUUCUCAGAAACAGCUUCCAGGCGUCUCAUCUGGAGCUUUCCUGCAAGAGCAGGCCUGGGUACUCUUACCUGCAGGAUUGCCCUUGCCAAUACCUGAGUUCUUUCUUAGGACUACCUCUUACAGGACCAUACAGUGGAGGUGUGGGCCGCUCUUCUGGUCAAAACAUUGAACCAAUACCCUUGUUGGUCUCUAAACAGACUGCUUUGGAAUCAUGAGAGACGAAAUUGCAACGGCAGUUUUUUUUGUCACAAGAUUGGUGAAAAAGCACGAGAAACUGAGUACACAACAGAUAGAAACCUUUGCACUAAAGCUGAUGACCGUCUUGUUUGAAAAAUACAGAGGUCACUGGCAUCCUGACUGCCCUUCCAAGGGGCAGGCUUUUAGGUGUAUCAGGAUAAACAACAAUGAGAAUAAAGACCCUGUUUUAGAAAGGGCUUGUUCUGAGAGUAAUGUGAAUUUUUUUCAUCUGGGACUUCCGAAGGAGAUGACCAUAUGGGUGGAUCCCUAUGAGGUGUGCUGUAGGUAUGGUGAGAGAAAGCAUCCCUUUACAAUUGCUUCUUUUAAAGGUAGAUGGGAGAACUGGGAAUUGGCUCAGCACAUCAGCUGUGCAGUUAACAGAGCCACGGGAGACUGCUCUUCUGGCACAUCGUCUGAUGAGGAAAGCUGCGGCAAGGAGGCCCAAGUCAUUCCCAAAGUGAACAACCCAAAGAGCGUCUACCAGGUUGAACACUUCAAACCAUCCUUGCAGCCGUGGUUUUGCCUCCCCCGUAGAAAGCAUUUGGCAGAUGGUCGUGGGUGCCUCCUGGGGGCUGCUUACCACCCAGUGCCCAAGAGCUCUAAGUGGUGCAGGCCUGCUGGGCGCCGGGUAGACAGGUAUCAUUGGGUCAACGCACAGUUGUUCAGUGGUCAGACAGCACCAAGCGAGCCUGGAGAAGAGGCCGUGUCUUCCCUAAAGCAAAAAUGAGGCUAAAGCCAAGAAAUGCCCUCAGUAGAAAAAACUGACUGCUUCAGGAAUGGAAGCACCCAGGCCAUCCCUGCACACAGAUCAUCACUUGUCUUUUAACUCCAUUUAAUUCUUACUUAACUUUAUGUAAAAUUUUAUGAAUACUAGUGAAUAUAGGUGCCUAGUAAAGUGAUAGAAGGAGAUGUUGCCGAUGAUAAAAUAAAAUGAACUAUAGGAAGGAAGACUUGAAAUAAAUACUCUUGUGUUUUUAACAAA